GUAUGCUGUGGUGAGUGUGAGUCCACUCUCUUGACUACAUUGAACGUACAGUGAGUGCCACUGACAGUGUGUUUGCGACACUUCACUGUAAACUGGCGUACAUUUCAAUACAAUAACGAUAUCUCUUGGCUUUUAUUAUAGAUUAUUGCAAAAGCAUUACAUUUAUCACCAGUUUAUCAAACAGUGCUGUUAAUCAUCGACUCAUUACAAUUGAAUUACAUUCAUAUUUAACACUGUUUUCAUGUUUAACUGAUUUUAUAGUCAAUUAAAUUAAUAACUAAUUUAUUUAUUAUUAGACGAAAAUGUUAAUCAAAGAGUUUCGUGUCAUUCUUCCGCUUACUGUCGAAGAAUACCAAAUCGGACAGUUGUAUUCAGUGGCCGAGGCCUCCAAGAACGAGACGGGCGGUGGUGAGGGAGUGGAAGUGCUUCAGAACGAGCCCUUCGAUGACUACCCACUCCUGGGCGGCCGCUUCACCAAAGGCCAGUACACCAAAAAGAUUUACCACUUGGCCAGCAAAGUGCCGGGUGUCGUCAAAUUCCUGGCACCCAAAGGUUCCCUUGAGAUACACGAAGAGGCCUGGAAUGCAUACCCCUAUUGUAAAACUGUUAUCACUAACCCGGGUUAUAUGAAGCAAGGGUUUAGCAUAACCAUUGAGACCAUGCAUUCACCCGAUAGAGGCACUCAAGAAAAUGCACACUUCUUGCCGCCCGAGAAGUUAAAACAAAGGGAAGUCGUGUUUAUAGACAUCGCCAACGAUACCGUUCUGACCAAAGAUUACAAACCAACGGAAGAUCCGACGAAAAUGAAGUCCGAGAAGACGGGUAGGGGUCCACUGACGGGCAAGAAUUGGCAGGAAACGGUUGAGCCGGUGAUGUGCGCCUAUAAGUUAGUGACCGUUGAGUUCCGAUGGUUAGGAUUCCAGAAUAAAGUCGAGUCAUUCAUUCAAAAGACGGAAAGGCGUGUAUUUUUAAACUUUCACCGCCAAGUGUUCUGUUGGAUCGAUCGAUGGCAUGGAUUAACGAUGAAUGACAUUCGAGACAUUGAAGACAAAACCAAACGAGAGUUGGAUGAGAUCCGAAACCAGGGGACAGUUAGGGGAACGCAAAACGAGGAUUAAUAUUAACGUUUGGUUUAAAUUAAUUUAAAAUUCAACUCAAAUUAUAUUGAGAUAUAUUAUAAGCGUUUAGAUGAAUGUUACGAUAAAUUGAAAACAAAUUUUUAAUUUUUGAAAUUUAAUUUAAUAUAAUUUCUAUAAAAUCGCGGAUUUAAUCAAAAUAACGAAUGAAUGCAUAAAUUAUGUUAACUUUGAACUCAAUAUAUAUCAUCGAAAAAAUGAAUGCCAUUUAUUAAUUAAAUUAUUUUAUUAAGUUAUAAAUGAAAUCUAUUAGAAAUAUAUUGUAAUUUGUGAGUAAAUAAUACGAGUCAGUAUGCGGACAGUUGUCUAACGCCACUGUCCAUCAGAGCCUAAAUUUGAUUAAAUUCGCACAAAUAAUAUAAAUAUGUCUUUUGAAGGCAUUGUUGAGUCUUUCAUUAAUUUUCGAGUUAAGAAAGUCUUGAGUUAUAUUGCAAUCAAUUUUUUAAUUUGAUUUUAAUUAAUUAAUCAGU